AUGUCCUUAACCGAUCAACCACUCUCACAACUCAUCUACCCCCCAUUCUCCUUCAACACUCCUCCCAACCCCUUCAAAACCCUCCUCCCCUCCGCACAAACCGCCGGCGGCGACGGCGCGAUCGGCGGAGGAGCUUCCUACUACCUUGGCCCCCCGACACCCGCUCCCGACGCCCAACCCUCUGGAGGCUCCUUCGGCGAGCAGUACCCCUGGCUGUGGAUGCUGCUGCCGAUCGGCUUGAUCUUCUGCAUCGGCGCGACAGUGACCUGGUUCCAAAACCGGGCUCUGCGGCGGCGGCAUGCGGAGCGUGUGGCCGAGCUGGCAGCUUUGCGCCGGCAGAGGCUGGCGUUGUUAGGGGGUUUGCCGGACCGCAUGUCGGCUGAGGAGCAGGGGGAUGGGGAGAGGGAUGUCGAGGCUGAGGCAGGGGUUGGUGCUGAGGCAAGUCGGCAUCAAGGCGUCCAGGGUCAGCAGGAACGGCAGGGUGCCGCGAGACCGCCAUUCGACUGGACCUCGUUUAUUCUGCAACAGCAGCAACAGAUGGCGGAGGAGCAGCGGCGCCGGGAGGAAGGGCUGAACACAUAUGACGAUCCACCGCCACCGUAUGAGAAGGAACUGCCUAGCUACCCGCCACUGGCAGUCCUGGCUCCUCAGCGGGGUUUUGUCGCUGAGGAAGUGACGGGAACACCCGGACCUCCGCCUUAUAAUGCUUCUCCUCGCCCUUCUUCGCCGUCGGGGUCUGCGCAGCCCGUCAGGGUCCCGCCGCCCGUUGACCAUGGACGGCACCAGCAGGCUGCAUCGGCCUCCAGCCAAGGUCAUGACGAUCAUCACAAUGAGUGGCCGCGGGUGACGGAACGACACAGCCCUUCUCCCGAAAGCAACAUCGACAACGAUCCCGUCCGGAUCUCCCCAGCCCGAAAUCUGCGCCGCUCGCACAGCCAAACCGAUCUCCGUGGCAGCAGCUCCAUCUGCGAGCGUCAGCAAGAUGUAGGGGCCGCUCAACCCCGGAGGGACUCAGCCAAGGAACUGAGCGAUAGCACCAACGAAUGGGAGGAAAUGAUUCGGACAACAAACAAGAGCUCCAGUCGGCGCAACAGCAACAGUUUCGGCUCCGUCUACUCACUGGAUUGGCUGCGGACUGGGGAGGAUGCAGGCGACAGUUCCGGUCAGGGAAAGGAUACUGAUCGGAAUAAGGAUGAAAAGGGACAGUCCUAUUCUUGA